ACCGGCUCUGCUUUUGGAGGGAAAGGGACUGACUCUUUGGCUCUGUUUCUGGGCUCUGGCUCCCGCACCUGUGUUCUCUCUACCGGUACCUCUUGUUGAUGCGACUGAUCUCUCUCUCUCUCUCUCUCUCUCUCUCUCUCUCUCUCUCUCUCUCUCUCGCGAAUGCCUGUCGCCUUCCACCUCCACUUCCACCACCUCUACAUCCUGUGCUGCCGCUACCGCCACCGCCGCUCUGCCCUCUGCCCCGUCCGCCUUGUCUUUCUUGGCUCUCGACGUACAUGGUAGAGCUUCAUCUGCUACCCUUGCUCGGCUUCAAACAGCUUCCUGAUCUCCUCGACCGCGGCACCUUGCCUGGCCCUACGUCGGCAUCCCGCCUUGAGCCCUGGGUCCGAUCUGCCCUGUCUAUUGUCUUAACCCAGGCCUGUCUGUACUAUCCUGGUUCUCUGAGCUCGAGGCACCUCCAUCUUGUUCUCGGCUGCCCUGGGCGCGCGCGCGCUCUCUCACUCCUCCCCUGAUUGCACUGCAAAAAAGAGUACAUGGACAUAUUAUUUCAUCCAGUGUCCCGAUCUUCACGCGCAAUUACCAGUUUUACCGUCGGGCACCGACAUUCAUAUAAGUCCUCGGCGACAUCCAGUCUGCAGCCUACUUCAUCUACUUCUUGCUGCAGUCCCUAGCAUCCGAAGCUCAGGAUACCAGGAGUUCGAGGCCCAACCGCUCGGUUCAAGAAAUCAAAACCCUCC